UUCACACAGGCUUGACAGAGUCUUUUUCUUCUCAGUAAUCCUAGAAACAGAAAACAACAGGAAGAUGUCUUACUGAGACAGGCCCCCUUCAACUUGACCAUGAGUCAAACACAGAAGAAGAAUUCCUCAAAUGGAGAAACUAAACCCCGGACCUCAUUUCUCAACAGAUUCCUUAGGAGCUCAAAAUUCAUGUCCUCCAAACCUGAAAGCCGAACAGAGAGCAAUGACCUUGAAACAACUGAUUUCCAACCCGGCAAUGAGGCACAGAAAACAGCCACCUUAGAUACUGCUCAGCCUCUCACUUCAGAAAUGGAAUGUGGACCCAGCAUGGAGGAAAAGGAGCAGUUCCUGCAGAAGCUGGGCAGAACAGCCGUGGACAAGUGUCUAGAUCUGAACAACUGCAGGCUGACGGCGGCCGACUUGAGGGAAGCGGUUGCUUUGCUGCCUCUUCUCCCAGACUUGGAAAAACUGGAUAUUUCCUGGAAUGAUUCUGUAGGCGGAAACCUCCAUUCAGUUACACAGCACCUGCAUCUCCUCAGCAAGUUAAAAAUCCUGAGGCUGGGAAGUUGCAGACUUACCACGGAUGAUGUGCAAGCCCUGGGAGAAGCACUCGGGGGCAUAACUGACCUGCAGGAGCUGAACUUGUCCUGGAACAGUGAAGUGGGGGGGAACUUGCCUCUGACCCUCCAGAAUUUCCAAGAAGGGAGCAAGAUACAAACGCUUGAGCUUGUGGAUUGUGACCUCACAUCUGAAGAUGGGGCAUUUGUGGGUCAGUUGCUACCCAUGAUGCAAAAUCUCGAAGUCCUUGACCUUUCCCUUAACAGAAAUAUCGGUGCCAGUCUGAACAGUAUUGCUCAGGGAUUACGAAGUACCUCAAAUCUGAAAGUACUGAAGUUGCACUCAUGUGGGCUAUCACAAGAGGGUGUCAAACUGCUGGAUGCUGCUUUUAGGUACUUGGGUGGACUGAGGAAAUUAGACCUUUCCUGCAACAGGGAUCUGGGUGGAGGUUUUGAAGACUCAUCAGCUCUGCUGGCCACGCUGGAGCAUCUAGAAGUUUUGGAUCUUCACCAGUGCUCUCUCACGGCCAAUGACGUGGUGUCUCUGACCCAGGUAAUCCCUUUACUCUCCAGUCUUCAAGAGUUGGAUUUAUCUGCCAACAAGAAGAUGGGCAGCUCUUCCGAAAACCUCCUCAGCCGGCUCCGAUUUUUACCAGCACUGAAGUCCUUACUCAUCAACAGCUGUGCUCUGGAGAGUGAGACGUUUACCGCCCUGGCUGAAGCCUCCGCUUACCUCCCUGCUCUGGAAAUAUUCGACCUCUCUUGGAAUAAAUGUAUUGGUGGCAACCUGAAGCUGCUUCUGGAAACACUGAAGUUCUUAGCGUCCCUUCGCGUGCUGAGACUGAGCAGCUGUGGCUUGGUGACAGAGGACAUGGCACUCCUGGCAUCGGUAAUACAUACAGGUCACCUGGCCAAGUUACAGGAGCUCGACCUGAGCUAUAAUGACGGCAUCUGUGAUGCAGGAUGGGCCAUCUUCUGCCAAAACGUGUGGUUCGUCAAAGAGCUGACCGAGUUGGAUAUUAGCCUUCGGCCGUCAAUUUCUCGAGAUUGUGGACAAUGGUUUGGACACUUGUUAAAUGCUAUCACCAAACUUUCCGAGAUCACGGAGAUAGGAAUGAGAAGAUGGAUCCUCCUCCCCUCACAGAAGGAAGAACUAGAACAUUUUUACCACGAUCACAGACACAACAUUCACUUUGACCUCGGUGAGGUUCAGGAAGCUGAUUUCCCAAGGCUUAACUAAGCUAUAAACCAUUAUCUGGAGGAGGAAAAGAGCAAGAAUGAAUCUUAGUGUAAUUAAAGGAAUAUCAGCUUCUGGGCUGUUUAAUGGGAUUCAUGUUAAUGAAGGUUUUGUAAAUAUGUAUAUGGUAAUCUGAGGUAAGUACAACUUUACGUUCCAAUGGCAAAGAUUAUGUGUUUCCAUGGAGUUUCAUUUAUUCUGGAUAUAUAGUUCAUAGUUUAGAAGUCCUGCCAAAAAUGUUUAGAUUCUGGUAAUACCUUUCUUCUUGACCUAGAAUUUUCUCUGUCUUCUUUUCCCACGUGAUAAAUAUUCUAAAUACAAGUGCGUGUGAGUGUGUGUAUGUGUAAGUGUGUGCGUGAAAUUCUAAUGUGAAAGGCACUGGCUAUGAUAGUUUCAUGCUAUCUUUACUAUUAUAUGUGUCUUAAUGUAAUCUAUUUGCAUUUUUGUCAGAAAGUAUACUCUUCCCUGGUUUAUUAUUUUAUGUUCUGGUGCUUUUUAUCUCAGAUAUAAACCAUGAACACUAAUAAUGGUCACAGACACAUAAAUCUUAGUAAAAAGUGGUCAAAACUUUGAAAACCAGUAUCAAAAACACAUCUUAAUAAAAUAAAGUAAAAUCUUUUAUUGCUAAAAUAAAAUAACAUUAGCUCUGGGUACUUUUUGAUAAGGACUAUUCUAUGUAAAAUCUAUUUAAUUUGUUAAAUACAGUUUUUGUCUUGCUCUAAAUGAUUUUUGAAAUUUUUGGUUAUUUUUUUGCAGGAGUAUGAAACCCAUUACACAGCAGAAGUGUUUGUCUGCUUACACACUUCUAUUCUGAAUCACUCUAAGCAAAUUAUGCUUGGUUUCUUGUUGCUACACUAGUAACUUAUUGCAAUUAUUGCUUGAAGGACAUGUAGAAUUUCUUUUUUUGAGAUUUUAUUUAUUUAUUUGAUGGAGAGAGAUCACAAGUAGGCAGAGAGGCAGGCAGAGAAAGAGGAGGAAGCAGGCUCCCCACUGAGCAGAGAGCCCAAUGCGGGGCUCGAUCCCAGGACCUUGAGAUCAUGGCCUGAGUCGAAGACAGAGGCUUAACACACUGAGCCAUGCAGGCGCCCCCGAUAUGUAGAAUUUGAAAUCAGUCAAGGAAGUCAUCAGGAACGAGGAGACUUUGGGUGGUAUAGAUGGGGAUGUUUUAGGCAAUCAUGGUAUUCUUCAUUUUCUGGGCAUUUCUAUGAAUUCCAUGAGCACCUGUGCUCAUGUAUUUUCAUGAACAUAUGCAAAACCUAUGUACAACUAGCCCAAAACCGGAAACAGACCAAUAUCCUUCAAAGGGUGAAUAGUUAGACAAACUAUGAUACUAGGCGAUACCACUCAGCAGUAAAUUGAUUCAUGCAACAAUGUGGAUGGACUUU